AUGACUCAUCGACCGUCACACCCAACGUCAAUAUGGCUGGAGGUUCCAACACUCUUGGCCCCUGGUGUUUAUCUACGCAUAUUCGCCCCCAGAACCACCUUUCUUACCCAUUUACACCAUGAGGUGAUUCUUAUUAAGGAUAGGGGUUUUAAAAGAUUUAUCACUCCCGCGCGAAUUUUUGUCGCCGAGCAUGAAGUCGAACGGGUAUAUGAGGGUCCAUAUGCUGUAGUGGACGUCGUGCAGAAUGCUGACCCGAAAAUAGCGAUAAAGAAGAAUAAGAGCGUGAGGAAGAAGCGGAGAGAGGUCACUCUUCGCGAGGCUGCUGUCCUGGCUACACUAGACGGGAAGGCAGGAGCUCCGAGACUCAUCUGCACCGACCCAGACAAGGGGAUCAUCGUGACGGAAUACCUCGGACCCAACACUCUGCAUAAGGUCAUUCGGAGCCGCAGACAAUUGCGCGAUAGGACUUGGCUCAAAGUCCUUUAUUCUUGCGCCGAGAAACUCCAGGAGCUCCAUCAAGCAGGAUUUGUACACGCGGACUUAAAUAUUAAGAACGUUAUGAUAACCUACAAGCAAGGGAAUCCGACGGCUCAUAUCAUAGAUUUCGGCUUCGCGAGGAAAAUAGGUCUGACUGGCCAGUUUGUACCUGUACCCGAUUGGGAAAAGAUGAUCUAG